AUGAAUGCUCUCCGUUGGCGGGGGCGCCAGUUUCGCUUUCCUCUCGUUGCGGCCCAGCGCUUUCGACACGAGAGCAGCUUCGCGUCACAAUCGGUCGAUGUCACGCCAGAAACACAAGAAUCUACCGUGUCGUCCCUUCACGAACGAACCAAAGAAGUCUAUCGCAUCCUUCGCAAUGGCGAGCCGAGACAAAUUCUUACAACGCUCGCGGAUCCUAUCAACUACGACGUCGUCGCGUCAUUGCCCGAUAGUGUCUUUGUCUCAGCUCUCCUCCGCCUCACCCCCGAGUAUUUCAUAGAACCUUUCCUAGAUACAUUGAGACAUGUACGCGAGGAAACGGUGUUAGCCAGGGGUAUCAGACCUAUUAGAGACAUUCUGCAGGAUUUCCUUCCAUCAAUGAACCGGUUCAUAUCGGCAUGGUGCAGUGGAGGCAACAAAUUGGGUCUCGUCGAAUAUAAACAUCUCCUUCGAAUUUCAUCCUCGCUUGGUAAUCUUACUUCCGUUUCCAAUAUUUGGAGGCGGAUGAAAAGAGAAGGGGUCGAGCCAGAUCUGCAAUGCUACAAUUUCCUUUUGCAUGCCAUGGUAUGGUACCAUUCAGUUUAUGGACCUGAAAGAUAUCAUUUACGCGUAACACCGUACUAUUUACAAAAGCGAAACUAUGGCGAGCAACGCGGUUUUAGAGGAUUCGGAACGGGAGCUAGAAGCGUUCUGAAAGAUGUGAAUGCCGUUGCUUCGGAGAUGCAAAAUGCUGGUUUGGCUUUCGACGAAGACGUGUACAUCAACCUAUUUCUUGCAGGCGCUAGAGUUGGAUCUCAGCAGAAGAUGAACAGUAUUUUGAAAGAGAUAUGGAUGGUGGAUGUGGAGGCAAUUGCGACCAAGUCCGAUGAAAUUGGCUCCGCCAGGCCGCUCGUGGAAUCAUCGCCAUUAUAUCCGACUCGAAAGUUGCUAUGGGCAGUUGCACACGCAUAUGGGUGUAACAAUAGUUUCAACUGGGCAGUUUUGACGGUUGAGUAUAUCUCGAAUCAGUAUGGAAUUGAAGUGACAGAUGAUAUUUGGGCCGAAUUGUUCGAAAGAGCGUUUGUUCUUUCUCGAAACCGUAACGGGGAAUGGGGUCGGGCAUUCCGUCGGGGCAAAAUCCAUCCUGAGAUACUUUUUAGCCUCAAAAAGAAGCUGGAGCCGCAUGGUAUACUCUUCGACAUGAAUAUGUAUCGCGUGCUCGCAAAAACGAGAUGUGUUCAUCAACGGUAUCGCUGCUUCCAGAACGUGAUGGAGGAAGCGUAUGAAUUACUGCGAAAAACUCGAAGGGAGCGCGAUCAUGCGCUCAGAGUUUUGGAAAACUACCUUGGCAUGUCACUCAAAAUUCAUUCUCUCUCUCCUCUAGUCAAAGCCUCUCACAUCCAGAAGAAUUGCAAAGAACCGCAUGUCUGGAGAGCUCUCCAAAAAUAUGAGAUACUUCGCUCUUUAGUCGAUCAACAACGAAUUAUAUUGGAGAAGCUUGUUUGGGUCGCGGUGCACAAAGAUAGAUGGACAACUCCAACGGACUUGGACUGGACUCAUCGAGGCUUUCCAAGAUUCAUUGCCGAGUGGAAAGAUUUCAUUCCCGAAUGUUUUCGAAUUCGACUUCCUACUACUCAGAGCGAGAUCGAGUUUGUUGGAAGGACGUCUAUAGAUCAUGCAAAUUUCCGAGUGCAUGACAACGAGCCUGUGCGAUGGUCGGGUUGUGGCGAGUUCCUUGCUAUAAAAGAUGAGCAGAUUCAAGUCAGCCAUGACGUUUUGUGGGCGCGCGCCAAAGCUCAUCUUGGAGAACUAGCUGAUCUUCCACCGCUCCAUUGGAUUUUGAAUAAAAGAUUGGAUCUAGAAUCUAAUCAUCGUCUUGCCGCACUUGCUGCAGGAGUGUCCGAAGAGUUUGAGGAGAAACUAUCGCCGCAUGCCUGGUAUGUCACUAUGGUGCCUUUGUUUAGUAUUCCCUUAUGA